AUGUGGAUAAAAGACAAUAAAAGCGAAGAUGAGGCGAAAACGUUGAAGGAAAAACAAAGCGAGAAAAACGGUUACUUGUAUACAAGUGCAGAAGGUUAUCUGCGUGAUAAAUCGAAAUUUCAACAUACACGGCGAGAAUAUUCUUAUUUACCAUAUUAUGAAAAUAUCAGUCGAAAUUCUUCUUUCUGGUUAGAGCAGAUAAAAGCGGGCCUGGCCGCCUCCACCUUAUCAUAUGCUGCUGAUUCAGGGAUUUCUUUUUGGAUGAAUCAACUGAGCCAGUAUUUAAAUUUUUUCUGUCAUCGUUUCUCCAAGGCCGAUCAUAUAAAACUUAUCAAGUUUAUUUACAAUGUUAUCUUGGAGCCCGAUUAUGACCGAAGGCUCAUUCAUAAAGCUUGCUCAUUGAUCAAAACGCUAAUUAAUGAUGAGAUAAUCAAACGCAAUGAUGUAACUUUACCGUGGAGACCAAUUUAUGAUUUGUACAUAGAAGUAGCUUACAAACGAAACAGUAAAAAUUUGGAAAAAUCGAACAUUCGUUCAGCAGUUCUGGCUGUUAAAGAAUUAUUUCCACUAUCAGCAACAAAGGAAAUUCUAGAUGAGAUACGUCCGUUUAUUGAUGUAUGGAAUGAUUAUGCAAUGAUUAAAUUCGUUAAUUUAUUCUCAGCUUUUAUACCACUUAAAAUGUCCAAUGAGGAACAUGACCUGUACGGUGCUGGAUUAUGGUACGAUGAGAUAUGGUACUUUUAUAAUUUCGUUGAGAUGAACAGUUCUUGGGAAAGUCCCAUACAACACAUAUUCUCUGCGAUAAGUGAAUAUUGUCCAGGAUAUAUCGAUUGGUCAUCCAAAUACACAAUCAUUUUUUCAAAACUUUUGCGGGCACUGAAUCUGAGUGUACGAUAUAAUAAAGUAGCAGUUGGUGAUGGGACAGGGAUGGGCUCUGAAAGUUCAGGUGCAGAAUGGGUCAUAUGGAUGCUAGGUGGAAUGAAUGAAAGUGCUCAUCGGUGUUUCGAACGGCUGAUCAAAUGCGUCGAAUCUUUUUUACAUCCAUUACAUGAAGGAGGUCAUACGCCAACUCUGCAGUCAUUUUUAGAUGCUCUGGUCAGCGAAAUGGUACGGCGUAUCCGUAUUGAACGAGUGCGUCAGAAAACCAGAAACAAGGUACCAUCAAAAAUGCGCUUUACGGAUGAACAAAUUGAAUGGUUCGUCAGCACAUUGCUUCCAUCCGUGCUUUAUUCGGUGUUUUCAACGACUGAAACAUCAGCAUCUAACGUUAUACGAAAUUUAGCAUUUCUCGCACCACAACUAGUCUUACCAAAGUGUCUUGACUUAAUUUAUACAUCGCUGUCGACUAUCACAGAACCACAUCGUUUGAAACAGUCAUUGGAAUGUAUUGUUGAAAUUUGCGUGCCUCUGGUUCGUGACAAUGGUACCUAUAGUUACCGAACAUACAAUGUUUGCAAGCAGAAUUGGAUUGAAGAUAUUAAUAAAAUCACAGAGGACAAACAAUAUAUAUCGACGCCAUCAACUGUUAUAGAUGAAUUGGAGGUCCAUUCUGAUAAUUGUCGAGUACCGCUACGUGAACACGCAAUUUUUCUACUUGAGAUAUUAAUUGAAGCUAUCGAUAUCAAUGAUUUCCAAAAACUCUCACUUUCUUUGCAGACGCUGGAAACCAUUUUUCAAUUAGUCCCAAUUGUGAAUUGUUCCGCUGCUCUUGAAAUGGCCAAAUAUAUGGAUUUAAAUGAAGAAGAAAAACGUCUUUGUAAAUUAACAGCGCGAUUCCCAAACAUUGUACAGAAUUUUGUGAAUAAAGUAUUUAAAGUGAUAACACAACUGUCAAGUUCUGCUCCAAGUGAUGGCAUAUCAUACGUGGAUUCGAUAUGUGAUAAUUCGGAUGUAAUUUUGAUGGGGAGUGAAGAAAUUGUGAUAAGUGCAACAAUUCAAAGCGCUUUUCAUGCAUUGUUCUUUAAUUGUUCAUCCAGUUUUGUUGAGCUAAUCGGUGAUCACACAUACAAAUUCAUUUCUACAUCUGAAUUCGAAAGUGUCGUUGCUGCCGAUGCUGCAUUCUCACUUAUGCAGGAAUCCAUUUAUGCUAAUCCAGUCCGUUAUUUCCCGAUGUAUAUUAAAUUCUUGUUGGAGAAACAAAAGCAAUACAUAACAGAAGAGAAGAAAAUAUUAAAAGAACUUGAUGUAACAACAAUGUGGUUUGCAUAUUUAUCGCAAAUGAUCUUCUCUGUGCCCAGCAAUCUCCUGCUGAAAUAUCAAGAGGAAUGUAUUCAAAUCCAUAAAUGCAUUAUGUCAAUGAUUUGUUAUAAUGCUUAUCAAGGGGCAUGUUGGUCACUUAAAAAUGUUUUAACACAACUAACGGAAGUUUAUCCUAUAUCGGAGGAAGAUCAACAACAUAAUUUGGAUUUGCCAUUGCAUUUGUCGUUGCCCAUCAAGAAAUGGGGUGUUAAGUGUCUUAAAGAUGUUGUGACCAUAAAAUGGCAUAUUCCAACAGAAGCUGAAGUUGAUUUUGCGGAAAAAUUGUUGGAUGAGUUUGCUUGUUCUGAAGUUCAAUUACUCACAGCCCCGGAAAGUAUGGAUAAGUUUGCAAUCAAGCGUUCAUUGAUCAUCAUCUAUAACUUACUAUCUUGUGUUGGCAAUCGUUUGCCAAUUUUUAAUACCAAAGAAAUUAAAUUGAGCGAAACAGUUGUUGAUAUGGAUCCUAUAUGUAUAACAUCCGUGUCACCACGCAUGAAAAUGUUUUCUUUCAAUGGUGAAAAUAUUCGAGAAAAAGUGCGUAUUGUAAUGCAUAAUUUAAUGGAAUUUUUAUUAAGCCAACAGGAUGGUCAAUCCAAAAAUCUUUUUCAUAUUUCAUCUGUCCUGCAUGCGCUGUGUAUUGAACGAUCAAUACCGAGCUUUCGGAUGUACAAGAAGAAUAUAAAAAUAAAUUACAAUGAUCCGAUACAAGGACGUCGUGCUGAACAGUAUGACUCGUUUGAGCAACGAAUUUUCUCAUAUCAAAAAGAUCUAUAUAUUAAAAAUUCCAAAUUCACCGAAUCGCAUCUCAAAAUCAUGAAGGAUCUUGUAAAGCUUGGUACAAACUUUUUCACCGAUGUGCGCAUAGCUUCUCAAGCAACACUGAUCAAACUAAUAGCAAAAUUUCCGAAUUCGAAAUAUUUAUUGGUGGACGAUGUGUUGGAACAUUUGGAUCCAAAGCGCAAUAUCAGUCAUGAAGAAAUGAAAGGAGCGCUGUAUAUUUUGAAUAAAUGCGGAUUUUUGACUUCAAAUGCAAUUUCUCCCCGAUGCAAGUGUUGGCUAGCGAUUGCAAAACUCAAAGUUUCCGAAAAACCAUCUAUAAUCACCUUGGUAGAGCGCUGUACUGAUUCUGUUUCCACGAAACAGUGGACAAUCCAAAGAAACAUCAAUUCAACAAACAUUCGUGUCACAGCGCAAGAAGUGUUUACUGAUAUUAAUGCUAAUAAUACAUUUUAUGCGAAAUAUCAAGAAUUGUCUCAUUCACAUGCUGUUCUUAUGUCAAAAAACAAAUUUACUGAAAAGCAUAGAAAAAAUUACGAGAAAAUAAGUAGUUUUCGCAAUGAACUUAUUGAAAUUUGCAAAAAUAAGGGACAGCUAUAUCAUUGGCGACAAAUUGAUUCAGCACGAACUUUUCUUUUCACCCUUCAUCGAAAUUUUUUCACGGUUGAAGUGGCGGAAGUAUUUGAUCCCAAAUUUAAAUAUACAUGUGGUUUAAGACCUGAUAAUUUAUGUAUCGUUUACAAUCGUGAUGGGUUACCAAAAGAUGAACAAUCUUGGAAUGGAACAAUAUUUGUAUCAAAACCACACUGGGGCGCUUAUCAGUGGCCAAGAAAAAUGGUGAUAUCAGCUCCAGCAAAUGCACAAACAGAACUGCAACGUUCUAUGUCAGAAUUCAAUGAUGUUGAAAAACUAAUACUUAAAUAUAUGAAAGAUAAACAAUUUAUUAUUUUGUGGCAUACUAUCUUAUUGAAGGAGAAGGAAGACAGUGAUGUAUUUUAUGCUGGCGAAUGUCGUUUAGUAAAAUAUUUGUUUCGAAACUUUGGUGUAUUACUGGUGUCGCAAUUUAAGAUGUUGUUAGAAUCUUUAUGUAGUCCUGAGAAUGGACGUUCUCUUAUACGACGCACACAGACAAAACUUGCUGCAAUAUAUUGCGCUGGCAUUAUCCGUGGUUCAAGAAACUGGCUUUUUAAUGAUCUGCAAGAGAUGUGGGUCUGGUUGAAACCUAUUAUUGUCUAUCAUAUUGAAGGUUUGAUGUCAGAAACAGUGUACCAUUGGGAUAUUGCGCUGAAGUUUUGCUUGGAUAUUACUGAUGUGAGGAGAUUUCAUUGGCUAAUAGAAACACUAUUUGAAAUCGCUUUGAAACCUGCCCCGACAACAUGGCAUCGAUGUGUACGACUGGGUCUUAUACAGUACAUUUCUUCUUGCUCAGCUUGGAGAACAACAGAAUUAUUAAAUCAAGUCAUAAAUAUUGCAAAUGUUAUGAUUUCACAAUCGUGGCUGGCAACAGAAAGAGAGCAAAUUGCGAGCGUGCUUUCAUUUCCUGCGGUUUAUGGUUUUGCAAUGGGUGAUGAAAACAAUAUACCAAUGAAAUACAGAAUUCCAAAGUUAGCAGAAAUAAUAGAUAUAUUCGAUACUCAAAUUAAGGAAAUGAUGAAGUCAAGGAAAAUACAAGUAAAUAAAGGAGGUGCAUCUCCUGAAGUGCAAUCAAAGCAAAUAACAUCAUCACCACCACCGCCAUCUGCUACUGUUACUUUAUCGGAAAAUUCACCGUGUAUUGUAGAGAAAUUUAACAAACAGAUUGCUACUAAUCCGAAUAUUGUCAUCGUGAGGCGUCAACUGUAUAUUAAAACUCUGCUGAAAUUUUUGAAUGUAUACUUUCAAUCCUGUUUCGUAGCUUUAUCUUCGCCUAUCAUAUCUCUCUUUCCACUUAUAACCCAUCUAGCUGAUGAAGAAACAGCCGACAACGACGAGACAGAAGUGGUACGGGAUGCUGAUUUGGCAAUUGGCGCAAGCGAUGUCUUGUUCCAGUCAUGGUCUGGUAUUUAUCUAUGUGACGAACUUGCUGAUGAGAUGUUGAAUAGUGUUGAACAGACAAUGAAUGAGAGUACGAGUUGGAAGGCAUGGGUAUCUAUAAUGAAAUUUCUUCAUGUAUUUAUAUUUUCAAACAUACUUGUUUGCGAAAAGCAAAAAAGGCGUGAAAUUGUGCAACGAAUGAUUUACAAUGCAAUCCGCCACACACAACUUGAAGUACGACGAGAGGCAGCUGAUUGUCUAACAGCACUAAUACACUGCGGUUUUCAAUCACUCACCAGUUGUUAUAUUAAGGAAUUAUUCAAAUGCACAAAUCAUAAGACACUAAGCGAAAGACAUGGCGCUGUAUUGGCUCUAUCUGCGGUGAUUCGCGCUUUUCCAUUCACUAUUCCAGCACUAGUAUUCGAUAUGAUACCGAAAUACUGCCAACUCGGCAUUAACUCUGAUUCUUUAAUACGUAACACAGUAACAGAGACACUGCGAUCAUUUUUGCGCACUCAUCAUGAUAAGAUGAUUGAAACGGGCGAAAAGGAUGUGAUACAGAAAUUGCUCGUUGUUAUACAAAAUGUUAUCUCACCCAAUUAUUAUGUAUGA